GUUUGUGUUUGUAAGGCGUCCUGCGUCCUGAAUGAAUAAUAUAUCGAACACAGCUCUCUUUUCUCUGUCUGGCUUCAGCGCAACAGUCAACUACAGAGUCACACUUUUCUCUGUCACUUUACUAUGCUAUUUUCUGAUUGUCAUGGUAAAUAUGUCUCUCAUUUUAACCAUAAUACUGGAUCAGAACUUACACAAGCCCAUGUACAUAUUUUUGUGUUUUUUGUGCAUCAAUGCAAUUUAUGGAACUGUAGGCUUUUACCCCAAAUUUCUCUUUGAUCUGCUGUCUGAUAUUCAUGUAAUAUCAUAUGUGGGAUGCUUCUUGCAGGUUUUUAUCAUAUAUUCUAACAUCAAAGUUGAUUACUCCAUUCUUGUGCUAAUGGCUUAUGACAGAUUUGUGGCUAUAUGUAAACCGUUGGAGUAUCACUCUGUCAUGUCUGUGCGAAGAACCACUGUGUUAAUUUGUCUGUGCUGGUUUAUUCCUUUCUGCUUUGAUGUUCUUAUUGUGACCUUGACGUCAGCACUGACGUUAUGUGGCAACCGAAUACAAAAGCUUUACUGUGAGAACUGGUCAAUUGUUAAACUCGCUUGUGGUUCUACAAAAGCGAACGAUAUAGUCGGAUUGAUUAUCAUUUCCUUUUAUUGCUGUCAUGCUCUCUGCAUUGCAUGCUCAUACGUGCAGCUUGUGAAGGCAGCUUUAAGAUCUAAAGAGGGCAGGAGAAAGUUCGCACAGACAUGUGUGCCGCAUUUAUUUUGUCUCCUUAAUGUCACGAUUGCUUUGCUUUUUGAUGUCAUGUAUUCUAGGUAUGGAACAGCAUCUAUGUCACAGAAUUUAAAGAACUUCAUGGCAAUACAGUUUCUGGUAAUUCCACCUCUCAUAAACCCUAUUAUUUAUGGAGUAAUCCUGACUAAAAUUCGACACCGAAUGAUAUAUUUAUGUAGGACGGCGUUCCAAAGAUUGAAAUUAUAAAGCAAAGUUUGACACCUGUAACUCUUCUAAUGUGUGUGAACAUUACACUUUAUAAAUGAUGGAAAAAAGGAGAAAUGUUCUGAUGUGGCCUCAGUUUUGUCAAUUUCAACAACAGGAAAAAGAAAAUACCUAUUUAGAUGUUUGAACCUUUAUACUUUGGAUGAAAAGAACCUCUAAUGUUGUGAGAAUUGGAAACUUGUAAGCUGUUCCAUAGUUAAAUAAGAAGGAUUUAUAUUGUUGCAUCUGUCAAUAUAUUGUUAUAUUCUUGACACAAUUUUUUCACAGGCUCCCCGUAUGUGUAGUUCAUUAAACAAAAGCAAAGACUGGGGAGUAUUUAAUGUUUUGUACUUUAUGUAUGGAUCAACAUCUGUGCCACAGAAUGUAAAGACUGUAAUGACCACACAGUUACUCCUAAUCACACCUAUUCUAAACCCUGAUAUUUAUGGAGUGAUCCUUACUAAAAGCUGAAACAAAAUCAUAUAUUUGUGUAUGAUUCCAUUGUAAAGAAUCAAAUUAAAACCACCCUAAUAUGUGUGAUGUGACAGCCCCUAAAAGACUGAUGUUGCUGUGUUUGUCAGUAUACGUGUAGCUCAUAAAAUGAAAGCAGUGAAUAAAUCUCUCUCUCUCUUUCUCAUGACAAAUAAGAAAUAAGAAUUUUAUGUGACGUACAAAUGGAAAGUGAGAGAACACUGUCAUUACUUCAAUAAUUUCAGUUAUGUUUA